CCCGGGCGUGUAAUCUUUAAAAAUCCAAAUAAAAUCUAAUUCAAUUUAUUGUAAAUUUUACAAAUAAGUUAUGACUAAGGUCUAUGUUACCAGGUCAUAGAAUUAAAGAAAAAAGAAAUCUUAAAAAAAAAGUAGUAGGUCACCCAGUAAUCAGUAUAUAUCCCGCCGCCCCCUGCUUCUUGCCCCCUUGACCCUGGUCACUGGGGCUGGGUCGAUAAACCUGCGUAUAUUGCCUAUCGCGCAUCGGCCGCAUCCCGAUUCCCAAUCCCAUAACGCGUUAUUAACAGCUUUGAGCUUUGUUGCAAAUGAUGUGCACCUAGUUUUGGCAAAUGAGAAAUUUUUGUGAAAUGGUUGAAAUUUUUUGGACAAUGCCUAGUGAUUCAUUGAAUUGUUUUCCGUAAAUGUGCUCAAUGAUUAAAAACUUUAGAGUAUAAAAUUGUUAAUAGAUAAAUUUUAUAUAUUACCACCAAUCAAUUUUCAAUACCCAGUUCUUUUUUUGAAUCAUUACUUUGUCUCUUGGUGGUUUCGUUGUAGAUUUUCAAAAUGUUGUUCCGUGUUACUUUUUCUUUAAUUUUUUUAUUGCCAAUGUUUUUGAGUGUUAAUGGCAGUAAACAGUUCAGAUUAGGGCGGUCAAAGGGAGGAAAUUUAGGUGCACCGGCUGAAUAUGCAGAUGAAAAUCUUCCUCCAGCACAAUGGUUUCAACAAAAACUGGACCACUCAUCCCCGACAGAUCUAAGAGUCUGGAAUCAGAGAUACUUUGUAAAUGAUUCAUUCUAUAACAACGUAACUGGUCCUAUAUUUCUUAUGGUUGGUGGAGAAGGCCCAGCCAAUCCCAUGUGGAUGGCUAAAGGAGCAUGGAUUAAUUAUGCUAGGAAAUUUAAAGCUCUCUGCAUUAUGUUAGAACAUCGUUACUAUGGAGAGAGCCAUCCUACAAAGGACUUGAGCACAAAGAACCUUCAAUACCUAUCAUCAUACCAAGCUUUGGCUGAUAUAGCCAACUUUGUGGAUGCUAUGAAUAUUAAAUAUGAGAAUAAAAGGCAACUCAAAUGGGUGGCAUUUGGAGGUUCCUAUCCUGGAUCCCUUGUUGCUUGGUUAAGAGUUAAAUAUCCCCAUCUUAUAUUUAUGUCUGUGUCAUCCAGUGGGCCAUUACUAGCCAAAUUAGACUUUCAAGAAUACUUUGAGGUGGUAGAAAAUGCAUUAAUUGAGAAGACAUCAAGCAAGGAUUGUACAAACAAAAUUAAAGCAGCUCAUAAACAAAUUGUUGCUUUGAUGAAUACAACCCCAAAUGUUCUCGAUGAAGAGUUCAGGACUUGUAAACCCCUCGAGAACGCCUCCAGGGAUGAUAUUAGAAACUUUUUCAACGGUAUUGCUAAUGAUUUCGCUGGUCUGGUCCAAUACAAUGAAGAUAAUAGAAUAACCAGCGACAACACAUAUAACAAUCUCACUAUAAAUACGGUUUGUAAUAUGCUGACUGAUUAUAAGAAUAACACGCCCGCGUACAAAGCCCUGGCUAGCUUCAACUCUAUGUUAUUGGAUAAGAACAACGAGACAUGUAUGGACUAUAGCUAUGAUAACAUGAUACAAGAGUUGAGGAAUGUCACCUGGAAUUCUUCGGAGGGUGGUCGACAAUGGAUGUAUCAGACAUGUACCGAAUUUGGCUUCUAUCAAACUUCUACUGGUGAAGAAUCAAUGUUUGGGAACGAAUUCUCUUUGGAUUUCUUCAUACAACAGUGCAUCGAUAUUUUUGGAACUAACUUCAACGAGUCCUUUAUAAAAGCGGGGAUAUCUUGGACCAACAUGGACUACGGCGCACUCGCUAUCAGGGCAACGCGUGUUAUCUUUGUUCAUGGUUCCGUGGACCCGUGGCACGCACUGGGCAUGCGCACCACUGCCAUUAACGAAUCGCCGGUCAUUUAUAUUCCAGGUACCGCUCACUGCGCUGACAUGUACCCCGCCCGCGAAUCAGACUUGCCCGAGUUGACCCGCGCCCGUGACACCAUUGAGAGCCGUCUGGCCCAGUGGUUACAGCUUCCAUGACCAGCACACCCCUUCUCUGGUCUAACUGCGCGUCGCAUGUCCCGGAUUAUAUCGAUUUGUCUCAUCCCACACUCCAUGCUAUUACUCGGAUUCUCUAUGGCUGACGUUUUGAAUAACAGGUUUUUCCGUUAUUAAAAGCCGACCAAAAAUUAAAUGAUACUCAAUCAAGUAGUUGUAGUAAUCUGUGUCCAAUGUUAACCAAUGUGCUGAAAAGCCGUUAAAAUAAGUUAGGUUAUAAUCAAGAGCCAGUGCCACGGUAUUAGGGUUAUUUUCUACUAAUUUCGGCUUAAAUGAUUCAGAAAUACCUGAACAUUCACACAUUUGUGUCGCAUUAAAACUAGACGUUGGAAGAAUCCUAAAUGUUUUUUUGCUACCAAAGGUGGCGCUAGUAUAGAUUUAAAGUUGUGCUCUCUAGCAUGUUAUGCUCUGUGGCCUGGCCAAUUUUAACUCUGAAUACUUGUAUCAGAAGGUCUCGUCUUUAUCUAACAUUAUAAAUGGAAAAGAGAGGGAUAUAAAGGACCUUCAUUAUAGAGAUAAGCUAAAAAAUACUCAGUUGACGAUGUUAGAUAUAAGUAAUAUAUAUUCUGGAUGUCUCUUCAUGUAACUUAAACGAAUUUAAACUUGUGUUGGGACUAUUAUUGUGAUACUCUUUGAAAUAUUUUGUUGUACUUUAUAAUAUGUUUUAUAUUUGGGAUCACUUAUGUAACACAAAUUGUGAAACUGUUUAAACGGACAAAGUCUUUUGAAAAUAAAUGUCUAUUCUUAA